AUGAUAGUCCCUGAAGGAAUUCCUCGAUAUAGAGUCUUCAAAAGUAGGUGGUUAGUACUGUUUGCCUUCUGCUUUUUUACAUUUACAAAUGCUUUUGGAUUUGUUCAAUACUCUCCCAUUUUAACUCUUGCAUCUGAAUAUUAUGGAGUUUAGGAUGAAGAUAUAGUUUGGUUUAGCAAUUGUUACUAUCUCUCGUACUUUGCAGUAUGUCCUUUUACAAUAAAACCUCUAGAAAAGAGAUUAGACUUAUCAUUAAUCUUCGCCUCUUUGAUAACAAUGAUAGAUAGGCUAAUGGAUGAUAUAUAUUUGUAAAUAGUAGUACUCAGUUGCUCUGAUUGGAUUUAUAUUGAUUGGUCUGGGUUAAACAUUUACUUUAGCAGCACCUGCAUGUAAUAAAUCUAUAGUAAGUACUAGUUAUCUCUGACCGUUGGUUUCCCAUUGAAGAACGUACUUUAUCAACGAGUUUGGGGAGCUUCUUUAACUUAGUUGGAUUAAAUUUCUCAAUUGUUUAUGCUUCAGUUUCAUUUAAAAGUACUUAUGAUUAUGACGGAAUAAAAAAUAAGAUUGAAUAAAUGA